GGGGCUCGGCGGAGGUAACCAUUUGCAUUAUUGUUAAAAGCAAAACUAGAGAUUGCACAAGCACUGCGCUUUUGUUGGACUAGAGAGGAGAGCCAGGGGAAGGUGGCAAAGCAGAUGUCUGUCCUGAGGUCUCCACAGCCUGUGUCCCUCAGCCCUCAGGAGAAAUAACCCACCUCCCCUCAUCCUCAGUCCUGGCUGUGUCUUCUUAGCUGCUUGGAAUGUAUGUGUUCUGCCCCAAAGAAAUGACUAUAAAUGCUUUGGGUCUCUGCUCUGGCCACUGGACACCUCCGCAGUUGUGGCUCCUAAUUCGUCACAUUCCUGUGUGUUUGUUUUUCAUGCCAGCUGAAGACCGAGAGGGAGGGCGCGCAGAACCCUAGAUCCCAUCCAGUCUGCCCAUGAGGAGAAGCAAAUGCCCGCUGGGACUGAUGCCUUCCGCCGUGGCCCCGGCUAAGGAGCCCAAUGCAAUGUGCCCGAAGGCGGUGGAACUUGUCCUGGUCAAGGAACAGAAUGGGGUGCAGCUCACAAACUCCACCCUCGUCAACUCCCCACAGACCCCCGUGGAGACCCAGGAACGGGAGACGUGGAGCAAAAAGAUAGACUUUCUCCUCUCGGUGAUCGGCUUUGCGGUGGACCUGGCCAACGUCUGGCGAUUUCCUUACUUGUGCUACAAAAACGGCGGGGGCGCCUUCCUGGUCCCCUACCUGCUCUUCAUGGUCAUUGCAGGGAUGCCGCUCUUCUACAUGGAACUGGCCCUCGGGCAGUUCAACAGGGAGGGAGCUGCCGGCGUCUGGAAGAUCUGCCCUAUACUCAAAGGUGUGGGCUUCACGGUCAUCCUGAUCUCACUCUACGUUGGCUUCUUCUACAACGUCAUCAUCGCUUGGGCGCUGCACUACUUCUUCUCCUCCUUCACCACGGAGCUGCCCUGGACCCACUGCAACAACACCUGGAACAGCGCCAACUGUACAGACGCCCACUCCAGCCCCGCGGGCAACGGCUCGGGCCUCAACGGCAGUUUCAGGACCACGCCAGCCGCCGAGUACUUUGAGCGUGGCGUGCUGCACCUCCACGAGAGCCGUGGCAUCGAUGACCUGGGCCCUCCCCGCUGGCAGCUCACAUCUUGCCUGGUGCUGGUCAUUGUCCUGCUCUACUUCAGCUUGUGGAAGGGAGUGAAGACUUCUGGGAAGGUCGUGUGGAUCACGGCCACCAUGCCAUACGUGGUCCUUUUUGCCUUGCUCCUUCGAGGAAUCACUCUUCCCGGAGCCAUGGACGGCAUCAGAGCGUACCUGAGCGUAGACUUCCAUCGGCUCUGUGAGGCGUCCGUUUGGAUCGAUGCUGCCACCCAGAUAUGCUUCUCAUUGGGCAUUGGAUUUGGGGUGCUAAUUGCCUUCUCCAGUUACAAUAAAUUCACCAACAACUGCUACAGAGACGCCAUCAUCACCACCUCGGUCAACUCCCUGACGAGCUUCUCCUCGGGAUUUGUGGUCUUCUCCUUCCUAGGGUACAUGGCCCAGAAACACAAUGUCCCCAUUGGGGAUGUAGCCAAGGAUGGGCCAGGGCUAAUUUUCAUCAUCUACCCCGAGGCGCUCGCCACGCUCCCACUGUCCUCGGCCUGGGCUGUGGUUUUCUUCAUCAUGCUGCUCACCCUGGGGAUCGACAGCGCUAUGGGCGGGAUGGAGUCAGUGAUCACCGGGCUCAUCGAUGAGUUCCAGCUGCUGCACAGGCACCGGGAGCUCUUCACCCUCUUCAUCGUCCUGCUCACCUUCCUUCUCUCCCUCUUCUGUGUCACCAAUGGUGGCAUCUAUGUCUUCACACUGCUGGACCACUUCGCAGCUGGCACAUCCAUCCUCUUUGGGGUGCUCAUCGAGGCCAUUGGGGUGGCCUGGUUCUAUGGUGUGCGGCAGUUCAGCGAUGACAUCAAGCAGAUGACUGGGCAGCGGCCCAGCCUCUACUGGAGGCUGUGCUGGAAGUUCGUCAGCCCCUGUUUCCUUCUGUUUGUGGUCGUGGUCAGCAUCGUGACCUUCAGGCCCCCGCACUACGGAAACUACAUCUUCCCCGAGUGGGCCAACGCGCUGGGGUGGGCCAUUGCUGCGUCCUCCAUGUCUAUGGUGCCCAUCUAUGCGGCCUACAAGUUCUGCAGCUUGCCUGGGUCCCUGCGGGAGAAAGUGGCCUAUGCCAUCACCCCCGAGAAGGAGCGCGAGCUGGUGGACAGCGGGGAGGUGCGCCAGUUCACGCUGCGCCACUGGCUCAUGGUAUAGAGGGAAGUGGAGAAGGAAGACCCUGGACAGCCGUCCCACUGUGGGAGACACAAACCAAGAUGGAAAAUCUGAGCUUGGGCAGGAAGGAGGGCUGCUCUGCCAUUUAACUUCUGCUUCACUGGAAACACACAGGAGCUUUAUCUUCUGACUUUUUACACUCUUGUGCCACGGGGAGAGGACCUGCCAUCUGUCCUGUGUCGCUGUGUAACUUAGUAGUUCUGUGCCCAUUCCCACAGGUAGAAAACAUUGUGUUCUAUUCAUGUAACAUGGCUCACCCAACCCUCAGCCCCUGCCCAGAGCACAGGUCUUGCUCUGUGUGCCAAAAAGAAAUACACUAAUUAUAGGUGCACUCUGAGAGAGCCCCAAUGCUCACAACAGCUUCCUGAGUCAUUUAUUUUGCUCAUAUUAAAAAAUAUAUAUAUCAUAUUUUGCCUAAUUGUACAGAAGGUGAAAUGGAAAAACUACACAAAAGGUGAUCAAGUGGGAGGCCUUGUGUCUCCAAGUUACACAUGCAGUCUGUUCAGAGCCAUCAAGGGUGAGGGUCCCGUAUGUGAUGGGAAUGCUAUUUAUUUCCUUGUAGCUGUGAAAAACAAACUGUGGAAUCUGUAUGGCUGCACCACUCCUGUAUGACGUGGGCCCCAGUCAGCUCAUGGUCACCUCUCCGUAGAUCCCCGGCCCCAAGAGAAAGUGUGCUCCUAGCUAGCAGGAGUGAGCUUGGUGGGCCCCAACCAAGCAGAGCCCCGAAGGCAGGCAGCCUGGAGACCCUGCCAGGGGCAGCCUUGAGCUGCAACCUUGAGAACAAGACCCCACAAGAAUUUUGUUUCU